AUGUGUUUGAAUGAUCGAGCGGGUGCGAUAAAGUUUGGCGGUCAAGCAGAGAUCGAGAGACCAAUGAUUUGUUGGCAGAGUAUGAUCAAAAGCAACUCAAAUGUGGCCAACUAUGCUUGUGUAGACAGCCAUACAUCGAAUAUGCAGAAUGACAAACCAAAUGAAAAAUUGAGUGGCGAAUUGCUCAGUAUAGCCAGAGUUGAACAAGCAAUGCGUGGAUGGUCUAGUGAUGCUGUAACCAACUGCCCGACACUCACUAUGGGACUGGCAGAGCCGAGAACAAAGCAGCGCAUUGGAGUAGAUCCACAAAACAAGCAAUGGAAAGAUGACAGCAACAAACUUUGUCUAAAAAUGAUGGAAAAGAUGGGUUGGUCAGAAGGCAAAGGACUGGGAAGGAAUGAGGAUGGUCGAACAGACAAUAUCAAGGUCGUUGUCAAGUCCAAUAAUCAUGGUAUCGGUACAGAAAAACGAUCGUCGGAUAACUGGCUUGAAAAUUCAUCUGCAUUUGACGCUCUUUUAUCAUCGCUUGGAUCUACUAAUGAAACCACUGACCAACAACAGACAACCAAGGUGGAUGAAACCCUGAUUGCAGUAGAGCUGAAAUCAGCUGCACUUCCACAAUUUGGCCGCUUAUAUCACCGCAAAAAGUUUAUCCGAAACAAGCAAGUUAGCAACUAUGAUGCUGCCAAUCUAUCAGAGAUUCUUGGACAAAAGCCAACCAAGAAGCUGCCAUUGAUCUCAUGCCAUUCAGAUUCUAAAAUCUCGUCAGAUGUGGCAACUAAACAAGUGCCGUGUCAUCUCGUGGAUGCUAUCGAGACUGUUACUGUCAGUAAUUUGUCUGUGCAAGAAUAUUUUGCUCAAAGGAUGGCGUUGUUGAAGCAAGCUGCAUUGACUAAAACUACGACUGAGCAUCCUUCAUUCAAGCGCAAACACGAUGAUGAUGAAGACAAGAACGAUCAGCAAUCUAAACUUGAUGAUGAUAGUGUAAAAGCCGAGCCCAACAGCGACUCGGUAGAAUCUAAUGAUGAUAUUGCAGAUUCAUCUGCCGCUAAAAAAUCCAAGAAAGAAUCCAAGACCAAGAAAAAGUCUAAAAAUAAGAAGGAAUCCAAAACAUGUGUUGCUCAGCAUAGAGAAUAUGGGAUGAUCGAGGUUGUGGUGGUCAUCUUGUAUUAUCACUUCAACCUCAAUAUUCAAACCUCAAUGUCAACCACUAUCGCUCCACUGCGGGCGUUUGAGGAGUGGGAAGCACAGUGCAGUUUGUCAGACAAGGAGUUGGAGUGUAUUGCCUUGCUAAAGGAAUUGUCGGCCGAGUUGCCCAUCCCUGUAGAGGUACUCAUGAAUAUGAUGAUUGCAGCAGGAACCAACCAGAGUGGAUCUGUGAUGACUUUGCUUGCGACACUCAGUCCUCAUGGACUAGAUGGGGAGGAUAAUAGUCGAGAUGGACUAGAUCACAGUGGUGGAAGAGCACAUGGAACGAGGCCAAGAAGAUGUUUACAGGCAAGUCUAAUCGUCCUAUUGGCUCGAUUGUGUUGUCCAAUUGCUAGACUAGCAUGUCGACCAUUCCAAAUAUCUUCAAUCUACAUUUGUUUUACUGUCGUGUAUUUACAUUGCAAUGCACUUAGAGCUUGUCUAGCCACUGUGCGAUGCUACCGAGAUGCCACGGCCAAUAUCUUGCAAAAAACAAAUGAAACGAAUGACUUGCUCGACAAGCUGGAAGUCAAUUAUAAUUUUAUCGAAGACAAGACCAAGGGGAUGCAGAUUGCCUGUGAAACCCUUCUUGAUGAGCAGACACAUUUAAUCAGCGUGGCAGAGGAGUUGUCUGCCAAAUUAACUUACUUUAAUGAGUUGGAACCCAUCACUCGAAUGCUGAAUGCUCCUGGCGAAGCCAUUGUUCUUGAUGAAAAGUUUGGCCCAAUGAUGCAAAAACUCGAUCAGUGCUUGUCGUUUGUGAUGCAACAUUCUUGUAUCAAAGUAGCAGACCGACCUAAAUCACAUUACAAGGAUGCCGAAAUUUACCGAAUGAGAUAUCGGCAGUGCAUGACUCGAAGUAUUACUCUCGUUAAAAUGCAUUUUGUUGAUUUGAUUCGUGGGCUGCAGCAGGAAAUUCAAGAAAAGUUAGUAGGCAGGCAAACACACGAGCCGCUUCCAGCAAACAUGCAGCUUACAUUAUUUUACGUCAAGUUCAGAACAUUGGCAUCAAAAACCAAGCAUCUGCUGGAAGAGAUCGAGGAACGCUGUAACGGGCAUCCAGAAUAUUUGGCAUUGCUUCGCGAUUGUUUCACAUCUUAUUUCGUUGUUCGGCGUGCAUUGCUUACUCCGUUUAUUACCAAUCAUAUGACAAACUUGAGUUCUACUUCUUCUGGACUUUUAGACUUUACGGCAAAUGGAUGUGCAUACAUGAUUAGGCUUUGUGCUGAUGAAUAUCAGUUGUUUCGACAAUUCUUUAAUCUUGGAGAAGAUAGCGUCAUCGAGUAUCUAGAGUCUAUCUCUACGCGACUUUACGAACACUUGCGACCACUGAUUAUUCGUGAAACAAAGCUUGACACACUGUCAGAGAUGUGCCAAUCUUUGCAGAGCUAUGUUCAAACGCUUGAUCCAAAGCAUGAUUCAGAAACCGAUGCUUCUGGACAUUUCCUCGACUCUUCAGAAACAAACUCUGCUCCUGUUCGUUAUACUGUCCAGAAAAUACUGGAAGAUGCUCAGCAACGUUUUGCGUUUCGUGCUGAAAUGUUUAUCAAGCAAGAGUUGCAGCAAUUUAAACCUCGUGAAGCUGAGCUUCGAGUACUUGCUCGCGGUCGUGGAUUGCCUCAGCCUGCCAAUAUCAACCUUAGUGUCGGUGUUGUUCCAGUGCUUACUGAUUCGAUAGAGCGGUCAGAUACUAGAAUGUCUAUAGGACAAGAUUCCAAGUAUGUUAAUCUUUUAGGUGCACCUCUGUCUGAAAAUCUUGAAGCAGCGUUAGAGCCCGUGGGAUCUACAGCUCCUGGAUCAUUUGUGAUUGGGAAGUUUGCGUAUGGUGGUGGUGAAUGGUAUCCCACACUUCAACGAACUCUCUAUGUUCUUGGACGUCUUUACGGAUCGGUUCCAGGUCCUGUUUUUGAAGAUCUUGCUCAGGAGGCUGUGGAUUCUUGUCGUCAAACCCUCGUUGCAGCUACACAAAUUCUAUCUGAAAAAGAGUCAAAAAUUGAUGGUCAAUUAUUUUUGAUCAAAAACUUGCUGAUGUUGCGCGAACAAAUAUCUACUUUUGAUGCUCGGUUCAUUCGCAAAGAGGACUCGGUCAAUUUUUUAGAUAUGGUGGAAGCAUUUAAAGAUGUAGUUCGAAACAGUCUACACGUCAGUGCAUUAUCUACUAUUGGCGAUGCAAUUAUGGUUGCAAGUGCCACCAAAGUUGUUCAAAGCUAUGCUGAUGCCAAAGACAUUUUGGAUAAAGAGCUUAGAAGGGUUUGCGAGGAUUUGAUUUUGGAGACAGCCAAGAGCGCAGUAGAGCCAGUGUCAUCCUUUAUGCUCAAGGUUGCUGCAUUUCGACUUCGAAAUGAUGCACGACCUGCAUCAAGUCGUGAUUACCUCAGAAACCAGAGUUUUGCACAACCAAAUCAAAUUGGAGUUAUACAUGAUGCUUUCAAGGACACUGUUCAACGAAGAUUGACGUUUACUGUUUCGCGUAUUGCCGACUAUCUUGGUGAUAAAAAGACGCAGGGUGUACUGAUUCGGAUCAUUCGGGGCAAUAUUAUUGAUACCUAUCAAUCGUUUGUCGAUAUUGUUCAAGUAGAAUAUGAUGCAGCAACAAACUCGCAUAUUACUUCAGUCGCUGAUAUGGCAGUGCAUAUUGAUUCUGCAUGUGAACAAGGAUUGCCAAAUAUACUGUCCAAUGCAUCUGACGAGCCUCGUGCAGUUGCAGCUCUUCCGAAUGCAUCUAAACCAGAAAUAAGUCAAUCCGACAACACUGAAAAGCCAAAAUCAAACUAA